AUGUCACGGCCUUCUGGCGUGCAAGAAAACGCCGAGCACAUGCCUACGACGAGUGACGAAGAGGCAUAUCAAUUGGGCGCUGUUGAGUCGGAAUUGGUUGACGCCAACAUCGAUGCGAUUGAGCUAAGAUCCAUGGCUGCCAGUCCGCUGUUCUAUCUCAAUAAGAUCAAGAAAGCUCAAGACCAAUGUGCCGAGGUCUCGUGCGUCAAGGCAUACCUGAAGGCACAAGAGAGCAAAGCAGCCAACGAAGAGCUCGAUCAGUUGCGCAAUGCCAUUCCCAGGGCGUACUGGCCGAAGCUCGACAGCGUGUGCUUACAUAAUGGGCUUGUAUCGAUCGUGUCGAAGCACCAAGAGCAUGGUCCAGUCCUGCUCGUGCCCACGUCACUGAGGAAAGAGGCGCUGGUACUGCAUCAUGAGCACGUCUGCGGCGGCCACCUGGCAGUCGAGAGGGCAUACAAACGGAUGGCGCAACAAUACUAUUGGCCUGGUAUGUACAUGGACCUUCGGAAGCAUACAGAGGCAUGUCAGAAGUGCCAAGGCAUACGGAACCUGCUGGCAAGCAAGAGAGCGAGCAUCCAGACAGCAUCAGCCGAAUGGCCAUUCCAGAAAGUGGCAAUGGAUUUCAUCGGUCCCCUGCCGACCUCUCUGAGUGGCAAGUCGUUUGCGCUCACCGUCCAGGAUACUUUUACCAAGUGGCCAGAGGUCUUCACGUUUUCGAAGGCACCUGGAACCGGCCCGACUGGCGAGGACGUAGUCGGAGCGCUCAUGGAUGUGAUCUCGAGGCACGGGCACAUCAAUGAAAUAGUCACGGACAAUGGCUCGCACUUUGUCAGUGAUGUGAUGCGCGAAGUAAUGGCCAGGCUGCGCAUCAAGCACACAACAACAUCACCGAUGCAUCCGCAGGCCGAUGGGCUGAUCGAACGCUACAACCGUACCUUGAAGGAUUGGAUGCGCCCAUAUCUCAACAAGGAGCAAAGCAACUGGGACGAUGCAAUUUCCUUGGUCUUGUCCGCGUAUCGUACGACGGAGCAUGAGUCGACAGGAUUCACGCCAUUCAAGAUGCUGUACGGCCGAGAAGCGGUGCAUCCGAGCAGCACGGCAAGGCUUGUCGCGAGGAAUGCAGAGCCAAUCGACAUCGAGGAAGCCGUCAAGCUGAUACAAGAGGGUCUUCGAGUGGUUCAUGAGAUAGCUUCUGAGACGAUGAGCAAGAAGAAGAAGCAGGCUGCUGAGCGCGAGAAGGAUUUGCCUGCACCAAGGCAAUUCAAGGAAGGAGACAGAGUGCGCAUAUACAAUGACCAAGUGCAUAAGGGUCUCAGCAGGAAGCUGGCCUCACCUUGGCGGACAGUCGGCAUCGUUCAGGAGAAGAAAGGACCAGUCACCUACAAGGUCCGUGUGUGUGGCGAUCAAAAGGCGAGGACCAUCAAUGUCGAUCGGCUGAAGAGAGCACCACCACCAGGAGACGGGAAGUUGAUCGAAGUGACGGAAGGCGACCUGAAGAGGGACAGAAGGCAGACAGUCUUCAACCAGGACGCAUUCUUGUCGCCUGAGCAAGAGCGAACCUUGAAGGAUUUUGCCCUCAAGGAAAACCGAGUGCGGACAGCCCGAACGCAGAGAUCGUCAGAGGCCACAUUUGAUCCGAUGGCACAUGACCCGAGCCUCAGACACGUCCAACCAGACCAGCGAUUUGAGCGUGGCGAGCGACACGAAGUCGAACAGGUCAUCGGGAAGAGGACGCACCACGGCAAGGUUCAGUACAAGCUCAAAUGGCGCUGGUAUCCGCUUUCGCACGCGACCUGGGAAGACGAAGAGAACCUCACUUGCACCGAGCUCGUACAGGAAUACGAAAACAGUGAAGACGUGCCUGACCUGGACGAGCAUGCUUCGCUCUUUCCCGCGUCGUAUUCUGUGGUGAGAGUCCGCCAUGUAAAGGAGCUCAAUCGCGAGCACACCGUCAAGGUGACGAGGUUGGAGAAGGAAGGCAUACAGCUACAGUAUCUGAAAGGAACCGACGCGCACAAAGAGACUAAGGAAGGAGAGUCUCGUGGGACGGAAGCAGGACAUUCCUUUGGCUAG